CCGCCAUCUCCAUAUCCAUUAAACCCUCACAAAAUGAGACCCGAAUUCCCCAUUUCUUCUUCACUCUCCAAACCCGAAAUACUCAAAUGGAUCUUUCCGACAUUGCCCGAAAACUCAACCUCUCCGAAACCAAACACAUCGUACGUAAAGCUGCUGAGCUACGUCGUCUCGCUGAUGUUCAAUUCGAUUCAUCUGUAAUUGGUGUCGGGGAGAUAUGCAAGGCUAUAAUUUGCUUAGAGAUUGCUGCUUCUAGGAUGGAUGUGGUGUUUGAUCGUCAAGCAGCGAUAAAAUUGAGUGGGAUGUCGGAGAAGGCUUACAACAGAUCAUUCACUUCAAUGCAGAAUGGAAUUGGUGUGAAAAACAAGCUUGAUAUUAGAGAAUUGGCAAUUCAGUUUGGGUGUAUCAGGCUCAUUCCUUUUGUUUCAAAAGGACUAUCAUUAUACAAGGACAGGUUUCGUGCAUCCUUGCCACCUUCUCGAAGGGCAAGUGCUGAUUUCAGCCGGCCUGUGUUCACUGCUGCUGCGUUUUAUCUAUGCGCGAAAAGGCACAAGCUCAAGGUUGAUAAAAUGAAGUUAAUUGAACUUUGUGGCACAUCAGAAUCUGAAUUUGCUAAUGUUUCUACCUCGAUGAAUGAUCUUUGUUUCGAUGUUUUUGGUACAUCAAAGGAGAAAAAAGAUCCCAAGACAGUGAAGGGAAACCGAGAGCUGCUAGAUGCAUUACCUGAAAAAAGAAGGGUUGAAGAUGGCGGCUACUCAUCUGAGGAUGAUAAUUCAUCAGCUUACAAGAAGCGCAAACGUAUGGACGAACAUGCAUAUGAGGAAUGGAAAUCUACUGUCCUUGCAUCAAAAAAUCAAACUGGCCAAAAAGCUCCCAAAAAAACCAAACAAGCCCGGCUGGACUUCAUGAAGAAAGUUCCUGAAACACAAGUGCAAGCAACAUAAUUCUCAAUUGUCCUUUUCAAUUAGACAAAAUUUAGUUGAUUUUUCAAUACAGUGGAGAACAUGAUUGGGAAGAAACUUCCUUUUGGUUUCUUGAUAGCAUAGUUUACUAGAAGGAAAAAAAAAGAUAUGGUGGUAAGCCACUAAAUGAAUGUCCAUUUGGAUUAAUGUUCUGCUUAACAGCAAAGUUUCUCUGUACAUAUAUAGAUUAUUCUUGUUUAAUUAUCACAACACAUGCUUUUGGAAGCUCAA